ACGUCACCUAAAAUCGAUUUGAGACCUCACUUCAGCGGAUACUUGCUAAAUGGGAAACGGUAACACCCUUAAUCGUUUGCACAAACAAACAACCGUUAUUACCCACUUUAUAUAUAGAUAGCUGGUCAUGUCCACUCUCAUUUCUUUGCUGAUAGCAUAGUGAAAUUGUAAAACGAAUUAUAAUUGAAUAUGACCUAUUUUUCAAAGACAGAAAUCACCUUAUAACUAUCGUAAUUGCUUUAAAAUCUUGUUUGUGAAAUAUUAACAUGGAUCGUAAAUUUUUCUGGAUCAUUGUCGCCACAUGGCUUGUGGCUGUUACAGCAUUUUCAGUUUAUGAUGAAGAUUUGGAUGAAGACUUCAGAGAACAGGGAGACAGAAAGGGGAAAAUAUUGUUUCCAUUUGUAAGCAUAGUUCGUUUCGCGAACACUGACUGUGCGAGUACAAAUACAAUGAACGGCACUUGCUUAGCGCGCAGGGAGUGUAACAACCUCAACGGUACUAUAACAGGCACUUGCGCAUCAAGGAGAGGAAGAUGCUGCAUUGUUUCGAGGACAUGUGGUAGUACAACAAACGUGAACAACACAUAUUUCACGAGCCCCGGAUACCCGGGUGCUUACGCUGGCGGACAGACCUGUACCCUCAUCGUCAAUCGAUGCAACUCAAACGUCUGUCAGCUACGUAUCGAUUUCUUAGAUAUGGUUCUCGCUCAGCCGAGUGGUGAUGGAGUCUGCUUGACUGAUGCAGUAACAAUCACCGGUGGUAACACCAUAGUGCCGACCAUCUGCGGUGAUAAUACCGGACAGACGAUCUUUGUCGACUUCAACCAAGACGCUGCUAUUACAAUAACUAUCACAGCUACCUUGGCCACGACAUUUUCAAGGAGGUGGAAUAUGAGAUUAACUCAGCUCGGAUGCGAUUGCCCGGGAAUAGCUCCCAACGGUUGCUUACAGUAUUACACAGGUUUAACAGGAACUAUUAACAGUUUCAAUUAUGGAACAACGCCGAACACAGCGCUCAGCGCAUCUCUUGUUACCGGUACCCGACAGAUUGCAAAUUUGAAUUACGGCAUAUGCAUCCGUAUGGAAGCCGGUUAUUGUGCGAUACAAUAUUCACAGGCGGCAAACGACAUUUACUCAUUCACGGUAACCGGUGAUGUGGACGGCGCAGACAAUACCGUGCUGGGUACCACAGUGGGUGCUGUUAACGGUGCCGCUUGCACCACAGAUUUUGUGGUGAUACCAAACCCGACGGUGGUCGCUACUGGAGUCACAGCGGGCACGGAUCGAUUCUGCGGUCUCGGAUUUGUCCCGGUGCAAACUGGAGCAAAGCCUUUUGUCCUAUACGUCGUAACAGACGCAAACGAAGGGGCAACAGCGACAACGCCACCUGACGUCUCUAACAGGGGAUUUUCUCUUGCUUACACACAAGUUGCCUGCUAAAAUGUUGUAGUGUCCAAAACAAUAGAUAUAUACAUAGGAAUAGCUUAGGAUAUUACGCAUUGUAAUCAACAUGUUACUU